GGGUGUCGGGAGCUGCUCCCAGCAAACCUUGUUCUCUGGCCUCUGGAGGAUCCGGUGUUGCCGCCGCUGCGGCUUCUACUAUCUGCGUUCGGGAUAAACGGCCACGGCGGCCGCCACUGCGGCUUCCCCUGUGCCUGACUCUGUCAGUAUUCGUUCCCAGGCGGCCCUCGCAGUUCCAGCAGCGGCCGCGGCCGACAUGUUGUGGGGCACCGGCGCGAGUAUCUGAAGGAUGGUUUCGCCGAGGCGGCGGCAACGGCUGCUGGCGGGGGUGGCGGCGGCUCAGGCUCUGUAGAGCCGAGCCCGCUGGGUGUCCUUCUGGUACCGCGGGGAGGCCAGUGCCCCUGGAUUUUGCCUCUGCUCCGGCGCCGUUGCGGACCGGUUAGGCGACAGCUCCCGCCCCGCUGAGGAGACACGAAGGUGGUUCCCCAGCCCCUCAAAUUUCCGGACCACGCCAAGCUUUUCUCUCCUCGACCCGGCAGUGCUGUCCGCAGAACACUCAGCUCUCAGACUUUCCUACCAGCCUCGCCCUGAAUCUCACACACGCGGGUGUUCCCCGCCCUGUCGAACCAGCUCCUCCCCCCUGCCUCAUUUUCUGUACCCUCUUCUCGGAGCGCCCCUCAGUGUCACUCUCCGAGGGCAGCCUUUUGAGAAAUCUCCGGGGAGUAGUGGACCAGAACUGGGGAGUCUUUAAAAGUCGGGCGCGAGAGAUAGGAAUGUAUGAUGGCUUCCUCAUCUGGCAACGAUGAUGAUCUCACUAUACCCAGAGCUGCUAUCAAUAAGAUGAUCAAAGAGACUCUCCCCAAUGUCCGGGUGGCCAACGAUGCCCGGGAGCUGGUGGUGAACUGCUGCACUGAAUUUAUUCACCUUAUAUCUUCUGAAGCCAAUGAGAUUUGCAACAAAUCGGAAAAGAAGACCAUCUCACCAGAGCAUGUCAUACAAGCACUAGAAAGUUUGGGCUUUGGCUCCUAUAUCAGUGAAGUAAAAGAAGUCUUACAAGAAUGCAAGACGGUAGCAUUAAAAAGAAGAAAGGCCAAUUCUCGUUUGGAAAACCUUGGCAUUCCUGAAGAAGAAUUAUUGAGACAGCAACAGGAAUUAUUUGCAAAAGCUAGACAGCAACAAGCAGAACUGGCCCAGCAGGAAUGGCUUCAAAUGCAGCAGGCUGCCCAGCAAGCCCAGCUUGCUGCCUCAGCCAGUGCAUCCAAUCAAGCAGGAUCUUCUCAGGAUGAAGAAGAUGAUGAUGAUAUCUGAAAUUCGCCAGCUGAGUUUCUGUUUCCUCUAUAAAUGUUUUUCCCCACAACAAAACAGUGAAAGAAAUGCUUAUCUGUAACUGUAUGCAUCUUGGUGGACUUGCCGUUGGUAUUCUAGGGAUGUCUGCUGUUAAGUUUCAUCUAUUGUGUGCUAUACAUGUGAAAACUGUCUCUUUGAACUAUUGAAAAUUUAAGGUUCAGUAUAAUACCAAUUUUGAAUUUUUAAUGGUGUUUAUGAAAUUUUAGAUAGCUGUGAAUCCUUUAUUUGAUCAAUAAACAGUGUUAUAGAAAACUUGAAGUUUAUAAAAAUACAGUAAAAUUUAUACAGAAUCUCUACAUCUGCAUUUGCAUUUCAUCUGCCCUUUUAACUAAACUAAAAAUUGGGAAUUUUAAAUUAUUUUGGAGGGGUGUAAUACAGUAGACAUUGGAUCAGGUUGGUGAAAAAAACAGUUCAGUUUUGUAGUGUCUGAAUUUUUUGUCUUUUUAAAGUGAGUAUAUAUACAGGCAAUAAAUAUAUAUGCUCAGGUAACUAUACUUGUUUAAAAAAUCUCAAAACAAGACAUUAAACUAGGAAGGAGUAGGUUCAAUAGUAGUUGUAUAAAUUUGCUGAGUUUCGUUUUGAUUUUGUUUUUGUUUUGUGUAUUGGUAAAAGGUACAGUUUUGUUAUGGCAUAAUUUAUCUUGAGCUACACUAUUACAUUUCAAAGACUGCCCCAUUUUGAGGAUUGUCAUGAUUCUUACUAUUUCACUCCAAUUUAAUAAUUGUUAAUAGUAUUACUUGCUUUGUUCAUCCAUGUUCAUAUUAUUCAAAUAUAUAGAAGGAACUUGUGAAACAAUUGCUUGAGUUCCGUUGGUUUAAACUAAAGUUCGUGAAUAUUCAAACCUUUGCUGGGGGAAAAACAGGAAAGUUAAUGAGUAUGCUUGCUAUGAAAGAGGGAUUUUUUUUGUUUAAUUUAACUUGCAGUUAUAGUUUACUUACUGUUUGUUUUUAGCAUUACUUUUACACUUUCUUGACUGGCUGACCUAAAGAGUCCAGUGCUACCUUUUGAAAUGACACCAAUCUCUUUCAUUAUAAUUGAGUGAUAACUUUAAAAAAAAAAAAUUGGUUUUGUUUAAGAAAGCGUUACAUAACUUAUCAGCACUAUAUGAAACUCAAAUAGUUAAUUUUAACCUGCUAGUUAAAGGGGAAGAGCUUUAAUUUGGCUUCGGUAAUAAAGUAUGGUAGUGAUUGUUGUAGGAAUCCAGCAUGUUGAAGAAAUGGCAUAUUGCUCAUAUUUUGGAAACAGAAAGGAAAAGUCACUUAUCGUGUGAGGUAAUCUAAAUUCCUGUGUCAAUUGCCAAACCUUUAAAUUUCUGUAUUUACCAACCCCAAAAUAGAUGGUAGCUGCCGUGAUUACAAUUUUAAUUGGAAAGCUAAAUAUAAGUUUACAAGUAUUGGAUUUCUUAAUGAUCAUAUUUUGCAGUUUUAGAAAAAGUGAAAUAUUGUCAUACAUUUAUUAAAUAUACUUCCCCCAUGCAACAAAAAGAUUAGUUUUGCUGAAUGUUUAAGUUGGCUUUUCUAAUUUGUACUGUAACAUUUUUACACUUUGUUUUAAGUAUAUCUGUUUCUUAAGUAAACAACUUAGAUAUUUUUCCACACCUUUUGUUUUCCUGAUGCAGAGUUCAGGUUAAUUAAUAUUUUACUGCAUCUGAUAAUGUAUUAUAUGUUUGAAACCUAGUGUCUUUUCAUUUUGACAUUCUUGUGAUUUCAUAUGCUGUAUUCUUCAAGCAAUAAAAUUCUGAUGUGUUUUAUAAA